UGAUUAGUUUUUGUCACGUACUAUUUGAAGAAUGAUUUUCCUAUGAUCAAACAAAGGUGUGGACUGUAUCACCCAAAUGUGGUUUUAAGUCAAGAGAAAUGUGUUCAAAGCUGUUUUUAGUCUGAUGAUACUAACCCUCCUGCAAUAUUGUUUAACAGUCUAAUUAACACUUUUUUUGGUAUUGCUGAAAAAAGGCUCAGACUUUUCAAAUGCUAUGUUAAGAAGUAAAGUUCUUGGUGACACUGGCAGAGGUAGUCCAAGCGGUUAAACAUCACUAGUGAAACUGAAUAUCGAUGAUUUAUGGUCUAAGAUUGUGUAGUACAGUAUCUUUUCGUGAGAAUUACAGCCACCCCACCUCACUCAUCUUUUACUGCUUAAGCAUUUCACUGUAAUGUAGACCUUUGUAAACAGACUUAUACAGGGUGUGCUAAUACUUUAUUACUUUACAGAUCCCUGCAGCACUAAGUCAGAAUACAUGAAACGUUUGCUUAGGGAGGGCUCUAGAUCACUAACCCAGUUUAACAGUUAAUCGUGGAUGACACAUAAGAGGCAAUCUGACUUCUGAUAGUGGCAAAUGUUUAUGUGGCUUACAAAAGAGAUCAGGCUCAAACCUAGUUUCCAGUUCAACAACAAUAACUGCAUCAGGAGUGUCGGUCUGCUACAGGACUGUAAAUUACAAAACAAGUUAUAGUACCUAAUGCUGCAUCAAGUUAAAGAGAUUAAAGUAGUUGAGACGUUAUGUUAGAUGAAUUUACGGAACAAUGAAAAAGUGGAUUUACUCUGGAUCCUGUAACUGGAGGCGGCUCUCCACCUUUCUGAUAAUCCUCGCUAUUGUGGUCAUUGUAGUCAUUUCAUUGUGUGUGUUUUUAACACAAUCAAGUGGAGAUAAAAAUGUAAAACAAGAUCAAACUGGGGACACGUUGAGGAAAACAGAGAUACUGGGCCAAGAAGAGAACACGAAAUUAAAUAUAAAUCUAACAGAUAAAUCUGUAGAAUUAAUGGAAAAUAUUAACAGCACAACACAAAAUACGAACACCAUAACUUUAAAUCUCACAAAAUCAAUUAACCCUGAAUUUGAAAAAAAGUCAACCGAAAAAACAACUUUAAAAACAACAAAAGAAGACACGCCCUCAUAUAGCACUACUGAUGCUUUGUCAACAGUAAAAUAUUUUCCUAGUAUGCGGAAUACGAUUCAUUCAUUGAUAACACACUUCAUGUACACGCCUUCUGGAACAAAUGAGCCGAUACAAGGAACUUAUAGCACAACCCCAACGAUCAAGAAAAUGUCUACGAUGUCCAAGUCCGACAAGCAAAACACUGUGUCCUUGACUGGUGUAAAACAAACUGAGACAACUGAAUCAUCUUCUGCAAUAGCUUCAAUAUUUGAAAAUAUAGAACUAAACGAAAUAAACUUGGAAACUCUAUCCUCAGCCAAACAUUCAAACAUGGUUUCAACAUCCAAUGAAAAAACCCAAUCUGCUAGGUCAUUGUUAUCUAAUUUUAUUGAAAUAAAAAGUGGAGAAACAACCAUUCCAGACACCCAAUCUACAGAAACACCCACUGAAAAGACUAUGCCAGUCACCAUGACAGGUCCAUCUAUGGAAUCAUCAACAUCUUUCACCUCCCUGAAUACCAUUGAAACACCCACCAGUCCAAAGACAGACUCUGCAGAAAAAAACACUGAAAGUCCUUCGAUUGGCACAGUUUCCUCACCAGUAGUUCCUUCCACAUCUACCAGUGAAUCAACAGUGUCAUACAUGUCUACCAUACUUCAAAUAAGUGUGGGAACCUCACAGGAAACCACAAUGGCUACAUCUACUGGUCAUGAAACACCAUCAGCAGAGACUUCUGUGUCAACACCCGUCACGGUGUCAAUAACUGGGCAGACGACCAAUCAAAAUAGUUCACCUACAAAUGGCCAAACUAUGCCAGUCACCAUGACAGGUCCAUCUAUGCAACCGUCAACAUCUUUCACCUCCCUGAAUACCAUUGAAACACCCACCACUCCAAAGACAGACUCUACAGAAAAACCCACUGAAAGUCCUUCAGUUGGCACAGUUUCCUUACCAGUAGUUCCUUCCACAUCUACCAGUGAAUCAACCGUGUCACACAACUCUACCACAUUUCCUGUAAGUGAGGGAACCUCACAGGAAACCACAAUGGCUACAUCUACUGGUCAUGUAAUACCAUCAGCAGAGCCUUCUGUGUCAACACCCGUCACAGUGGUCACGGUGUCAAGUGAGUCUGCAGCACCUUCAAUUUCUUCUACAGUAACUGGGCAGACGACCAAUCAAAAUAGUUCACCUACAAAUGGCCAGACUAUGCCAGUCACCAUGACAGGUCCAUCUAUGCAACCGUCAACAUCUUUUACCUCCCUGAAUACCAUUGAAACACCCACCACUCCAAAGACAGACUCUACAGAAACACCCACUGAAAGUCCUUCGAUUGGCACAGUUUCCUCACCAGUAGUUCCUUCCACAUCUACCAGUGAAUCAACAGUGUCACACAAGUCUACCACAGUUCCAGUAAGUGAGGGAACCUCACAGGAAACCACAAUGAUUACAUCUACUGGUCAUUUAACACCAUCAGCAGAGACUUCUGUGUCAACACCCGUCACAGUGGUCACGGUGUCAAGUGAGUCUGCAGCACCUUCAAUUUCUUCUAUAGUAACUGGGCAGACGACCAAUCAAAAUAGUUCACCUACAAAUGGCCAGACUAUGCCAGUCACCAUUACAGGUCCAUCUAUGCAACCGUCAACAUCUUUCACCUCCCUCAAUACCAUUGAAACACCCACUGCUCCAAAGACAGACUCUACAGAAACACCCACUGAAAGUCCUUCGAUUGGCACAGUUUCCUCACCAGUAGUUCCUUCCACAUCUACCAGUGAAUCAACAGUGUCACACAAGUCUACCACAGUUCCAAUAAGUGAGGGAACCUCACAGGAAACCACAAUGACUACAUCUACUGGUCAUUUAACACCAUCAGCAGAGACUUCUGUGUCAACACCCGUCACAGUGGUCACGGUGUCAAGUGAGUCUGCAGCACCUUCAAUUUCUUCUACAGUAACUGGGCAGACGACCAAUCAAAAUAGUUCACCUACAAAUGGCCAGACUAUGCCAGUCACCAUGACCGGUCCAUCUAUGCAACCGUCAACAUCUUUUACCUCCCUGAAUACCAUUGAAACACCCACCACUCCAAAGACAGACUCUACAGAAACACCCACUGAAAGUCCUUCGGUUGGCACAGUUUCCUUACCAGUAGUUCCUUCCACAUCUACCAGUGAAUCAACCGUGUCACACAACUCUACCACAUUUCCUGUAAGUGAGGGAACCUCACAGGAAACCACAAUGACUACAUCUACUGGUCAUGUAAUACCAUCAGCAGAGCCUUCUGUGUCAACACCCGUCACAGUGGUCACAGUGUCAAGUGAGUCUGCAGCACCUUCAAUUUCUUCUACAGUAACUGGGCAGACGACCAAUCAAAAUAGUUCACCUACAAAUGGCCAGACUAUGCCAGUCACCAUGACCGGUCCAUCUAUGGAAUCAUUAACAUCUUUCACCUCCCUGAAUACCAUUGAAACACCCACCACUCCAAAGACAGACUCUACAGAAACACCCACUGAAAGUCCUUCGAUUGGCACAGUUUCCUCACCAGUAGUUCCUUCCACAUCUACCAGUGAAUCAACCGUGUCACACAACUCUACCACAUUUCCUGUAAGUGAGGGAACCUCACAGGAAACCACAAUGGCUACAUCUACUGGUCAUGUAAUACCAUCAGCAGAGACUUCUGUGUCAACACCCGUCACAGUGGUCAUGGUGUCAAGUGAGUCUGCAGCACCUUCAAUUUCUUCUACAGUAACUGGGCAGACGACCAAUCAAAAUAGUUCACCUACGCAUGACCAGACUAUGCCAGUCACCAUGACAGGUCCAUCUAUGGAAUCAUCAACAUCUUUCACCUCCCUGAAUACCAUUGAAACACCCACCACUCCAAAGACAGACUCUACAGAAACACCCACUGAAAGUCCUUCUGCUGGCACAGUUUCCUCACCAGUAGUUCCUUCCACAUCUACCAGUGAAUCAACCGUGUCACACAACUCUACCACAUUUCCUGUAAGUGAGGGAACCUCACAGGAAACCACAAUGGCUACAUCUACUGGUCAUGUAAUACCAUCAGCAGAGCCUUCUUUGUCAACACCCGUCACAGUGGUCACAGUGUCAAGUGAGUCUGCAGCACCUUCAAUUUCUUCUACAGUAACUGGGCAGACGACCAAUCAAAAUAGUUCACCUACGCAUGACCAGACUAUGCCAGUCACCAUGACAGGUCCAUCUAUGGAAUCAUCAACAUCUUUCACCUCCCUGAAUACCAUUGAAACACCCACCACUCCAAAGACAGACUCUACAGAAAAACCCACUGAAAGUCCUUCAGUUGGCACAGUUUCCUUACCAGUAGUUCCUUCCACAUCUACCAGUGAAUCAACCGUGUCACACAACUCUACCACAUUUCCUGUAAGUGAGGGAACCUCACAGGAAACCACAAUGGCUACAUCUACUGGUCAUGUAAUACCAUCAGCAGAGCCUUCUGUGUCAACACCCGUCACAGUGGUCACGGUGUCAAGUGAGUCUGCAGCACCUUCAAUUUCUUCUACAGUAACUGGGCAGACGACCAAUCAAAAUAGUUCACCUACGCAUGACCAGACUAUGCCAGUCACCAUGACAGGUCCAUCUAUGGAAUCAUCAACAUCUUUCACCUCCCUGAAUACCAUUGAAACACCCACCACUCCAAAGACAGACUCUACAGAAACACCCACUGAAAGUCCUUCUGCUGGCACAGUUUCCUCACCAGUAGUUCCUUCCACAUCUACCAGUGAAUCAACCGUGUCACACAACUCUACCACAUUUCCUGUAAGUGAGGGAACCUCACAGGAAACCACAAUGGCUACAUCUACUGGUCAUGUAAUACCAUCAGCAGAGUCUUCUAACUGGGCAGACGACCAAUCAAAAUAG